CUGGCACCGAGACUGGUAUUGACAACAGCCUGGUGAUGGAUUGUUGAUGUGUUUAUUUCAUGUGUACUGGUCAUAAAUCAUUGAAUGGUCACACACAAGUAGAACAUCCACAUAGACAUUUGAACUGGAUUAAGGUGUAAGGCCUGGGUCUCAGAGCACAAACUGUGUGUGACAACAUUUCUCAUUCAGGCAAAACAUGGCUGAUAUGAGAAUGAAUAAAUUACAAGAAGGUCUACAACAACAACGCCGCCUCAUCGAUCAGCUCCGCUGCGAGGCUCAGAUCACGCGCAUGAGGGUGUCCCAAUGUAUCGAGGACCUUGUCAAGUACUGUGACUCCCACACAGAGGAUGACGUCCUCAUUAAGGGAUUCUGCAAGCCAAGUGACAACCCCUUCAAAGAAAAGGGUGGUUGCACCAUUUUAUAGAGUUACCUCCCCUUGGGAGGUAACUCUUGCAUGGCGCUGUGCCUGUCUCUGACUCAUCAAGAUCUGUCUCUUGUAUUUUGUGUAGCUCCCGUGUAUUGUGUAUUUUUCUUUGUGUUGUGAGAUCUGAGCUCCUGGAGCCAUAUCUGUGAGCGAAGUGCAUGUAUCAACAAAUGGCCAUUUUGCCUCAUACGUAUGGCUGACAGAUGUGAUUUAAGGGACUUUGCAAGUCAUGAUUUAUGUCAAAGCUACUCCUAUAUAUUAUCCGAGCCUGUACAUCAGUCAGAUCUAUCACUAGCAGCAGCAAAUAACCUUCACAAUCAUAUCUUGUAAGGGUAAGUUUUCACAUCUGUCCAUGAUAGUUCAUCAUUUUUUGUUUCCUACACAAUGUUGAGAUUUAACAUGUGUGCUGAACAAUAGUCCUUUGUUAGCUUACAGUGAUGAUGAGUGGAAGCUUUUCUGUUUGUCAUUUUUUUCGAUAUUUGUGGCAAACAUGAAACUCGAACCAUCAUUAAUCUACACUUUUCAAGAAUUGGGAGAUGCUUGCGGUCUGUGGUAAUAGGUGAGGAACUUAAGUAAUCAAAGCAUCAUUUAAAAUCUGACAUUUCAUCAUAUUUAUGUGGAAUAUGUGAUUUUAUUUAUGUUAUUGAAACAUGUUUGAGUACAUUCUACGCAGUUCUUGUCCAAAAUGCUUUUACAUCUUGAUUCAUCUUAUUGUAUAGUCAAAUAAAUGUCCACAUAAAA